GGAGCGAGGUCCUUUUUUUUUUUUUUUUUCCGGGCAAAAUGGCGAUGGGCUGGAUGUGUGGACGCCGGGAACUUUUGCGCCUACUGCAGCCCCAGCAGCGGUUCCGCAGCGUCUUGAGAGCUUCUUUAUGGCCCCAGAAAGCACUGACAGCCGAGUUCCUGGUCCCCGCUGGCCCGGGCUGCGGGCGAUCACACUAUGUCCUCCUCUCUGCCUCCAGCCCCCGCUGCCUCAGUACUUCUGCCAUCUCGUUUGCAGAAGCCCAGAUCCAGACUCCUGCUGUUCCUGCAGCUACCUCACCCACAGCAACACCCGACGUGGCUCUUGGAGAAACUGCAGAUGCAGUGCAAGCUACUGUAGAACAGAGUUUUACUGAACUGGGGCUUGGGACAUACACCCCAGUGGGACUGAUCCAGAACCUCCUGGAAUUUAUGCAUGUUGAAGUGGGCCUACCUUGGUGGGGGGCCAUUGCUACAUGUACAAUCCUUGCCCGAUGUCUGGUUUUUCCUCUCAUUGUGAAGGGCCAGCGAGAGGCAGCCAAGAUCCACAACCACUUGCCAGAGAUCCAGAAGUUUUCCACUCGAAUCAGAGAAGCCAAGUUGGCAGGAGACUACACUGAGUUUUACAAGGCUUCCACGGAGAUGACGCUUUACCAGAAAAAGCAUGAUGUUAAGCUUUUUAGACCUCUCAUUCUACCUCUGACUCAGGCUCCAAUCUUCAUCUCCUUCUUCAUUGCCUUGAGAGAAAUGGCGAACCUCCCUGUGCCCAGCCUACAGACAGGUGGCCUCUUGUGGUUCCAGGAUCUCACAAUAUCUGAUCCCAUCUACGUAUUACCACUAGUAGUUACUGCUACAAUGUGGGGAGUCCUUGAGCUAGGUGCUGAGACAGGUAUGCAAAGUUCUGAUCUUCAGUGGAUGAGAAAUAUUAUCAGAGUGAUGCCCUUGGCAGUCCUGCCCAUCACCAUCCACUUUCCCUCGGCAGUGUUCAUGUACUGGCUCUCCUCCAAUGUGUUUUCCCUGGCCCAGGUGUCCUGCCUCCGAAUUCCAGCUGUGCGCACUGUUCUUAAAAUCCCCCAGCGUAUUGUGCAUGACCCUGACAAACUACUCCCACGGGAAGGCUUCAUAAAGAGCUUCAAAAAAGGCUGGAAGAAUGCGCAAAUUGCACAUGAGCUCCAAGAGCGGCAACACCGCAUGCAGAAUCACUUGGAUCUAGCAGCCAGGGGUCCCUUAAGGCAGACCUUUACCCACAACCCUCUGCUACAGCAUGAAAAGAGUCACCCUUCCAAUACCCCUAGCAGCAGCAGCAGCAGCAGCAGCAGCAGCAGCAGCAGCAGCAAGAAACCAAAGUCAACACAGCCCUGGCGUGACACACUUGGCUGACUUAUGUUCCCUACUCAUUGGGACAGGAAUGCUUGUCUCUCCAAAGACUCAUUCUCAAAGCAGACUUGACUCUGUCCUGGCCUCAGUCAUAGAAACUGUGGCACAUAGAGAUGUUCUUUUUAAAAAUGGAUUCACUAUAGACUCUUAGGCCUAUGUGUCCAAAGAGAGCACUGAGGAGCUAAGUGAUCUUCCCAUCCACAAACUUAGUAAACCUCUGUACUACA